AUGGAAUUUCCGUUUGAUAUUAAUGCUGUUUUGCCUCAAGAAAUCACGAUUUUAAAUGGAGAUUUUCGAGUUCUCAAUCAUGGUCAAACAGCAAGAAUAUCAGCUUCAGAAAGACUGACAACCAUUAUUGAUACGCUUGGCGAGGCUUCUUACAAGGCACAAAGUUUGCCUUGUCCAGUUACAACUGCACGGAAAUUUCGUAUAUCUGAUCAUCGCUUGUAUCUGAUUAAAAAUGUUCAUGACCAUAAUAAUUUGGGCUCUGUCGUGGGUUUAUUGAAAGUCGGUGCAAAGCAUUUAUAUGUUUAUGAUUCGCAUGGUCAAGUUCAUGAACGAACUCCGUUGUGUUUGCUAGAUUUCUAUGUUCAUGAAAGUAAACAAAGGUCCGGCUAUGGAAAGAAACUGUUCGAGGCAAUGCUAGAAUUUGAGAAAUGUAAUGCAUAUGAAUUAGCCAUCGAUCGACCGUCGAACAAAUGUUUGGGAUUUCUUCAAAAACAUUAUCAGUUAUUAGCUCCAAUUCACCAAGUCAAUAAUUUUGUUGUUUACAAUGCAUUCUUCAAUCGACCAUUCAAUUUACCUAGUCGGAAGUCAUCAGCAUCCAGACGAGUUCAUGAUAACAGCGUUCCUGUUGAUAAUUUUCGACGUCCAGAAUUAACAUCUUGGUUGUUACCGUCAGAAAAGCAGCAAGCAAAUCGCCGGCCAUAUUCCGAACAAAUCGAUGGAUAUGCCGGCAACAGAGUACAAAAAUUAUCGGAUGAGGGCGAGCUGGAUCACAGCCGACGGCAAGCUGCAGCGAUCAGCGCUUCAUCAGUGAAUAAUGAACGAAAACUGUUGUCUGCUUAUCCAGCAACUCACACCUAUCCUCACAAUGAAAAACCUUCACUGAAUGAACCGAUUCGGACUAAUGUAACCAGUCAUUCAGCAUCGCAUAAUUCCCGCAGGUAUCCUAACUUAUUCAAUGAAAAUAAUCCUUUUCCAAGUCUCCAGCGUUAUAAUACCAAUGCAGCACCAUCAUCACAACCUCCACCCUUAACCUCACUGUAUACAUUUCCAUCAUUGCUCAAGCCAACUAAUCAUUGGCGUCGCUCACCACAACAACAGCAACAAUCGUCAACUAUCGAUGCUUCAUCAUCAGGAUGGAGGGUCUUCGGUGUGCACCGUUUACCUGAUUAA